AUGCUGCGGCAGUGCGCCCUGCGGGUGCUGGCGCGCUCCCGGGCGGGCCGCGGCUGUCGCCGCUACGGUUCGUGCUCGGCGAGCGGCCGUGGCGACGCCGGGGAAGCGCGGGCCUACUUCACCACACCCAUUUUCUAUGUGAACGCCGCGCCGCACAUCGGGCACCUGUACUCGGCGCUGCUGGCCGACGCCCUGUGCCGCCACCGUCGUCUCCGUGUUCCCGGCUCCGCGUCCACGCGGUUCUCCACCGGCACGGACGAGCACGGCCUGAAGAUCCAGCAGGCGGCCGCCGCCGCGGGUCUGUCCCCGAUCGAGCUGUGCGAUCGAGUGUCUGCCCAGUUCCGGCAGCUUUUCCGGGAGGCUGGCAUCUCCUCCACCGACUUUAUCCGCACCACGGAGGCCCGGCACCGGCUGGCGGUGCAGCACUUCUGGGGGGCGCUGGAGGCCCGGGGUCUGCUUUACAAGGGGCUUUAUGAAGGAUGGUAUUGCGCCUCCGACGAGUGCUUCCUGCCCGAGGCCAAGGUCACUCGGCAGGUGGGUCCGUCGGGGGAUCUGUGCCCUGUGUCUCUUGAGAGCGGACAUCCUGUCUCUUGGACCAAGGAAGAGAAUUACAUUUUCAGGCUUUCCCAGUUUCGAGAACCACUCCUGCGGUGGCUUGGAAACAAUCCUCAGGCGAUCACCCCGGAGCCGUUCCACCAGACAGUUCUGCAGUGGCUGCAGGAGGAGCUGCCCGAUUUGUCCGUUUCUCGAAGGAGUAGCCACCUGCACUGGGGCAUACCGGUUCCCGGGGACGAUUCGCAGACUAUCUACGUGUGGCUGGAUGCCCUGGUUAACUACCUCACCGUAGUUGGCUACCCGGAUGCAGAUUUCCAGUCUUGGUGGCCAGCCACGUCUCAUAUCAUAGGUAAGGACAUUCUCAAAUUUCACGCCAUUUAUUGGCCCGCCCUUCUCCUAGGAGCCGGAUUGAGGCCACCACAUCGCAUCUGUGUCCACUCGCACUGGACGGUGAGUGGCCAAAAGAUGUCCAAGAGCUUGGGCAACGUGGUGGAUCCGAGGACUUGCCUUGAUCGCUACACUGUGGAUGGCUUCCGCUACUUUCUCCUUCGGCAGGGAGUUCCCAGUUGGGACUGCGACUACUAUGAUGAAAAGGUGGUUAAAUUGCUGGACUCUGAGCUGGCAGAUGCCUUAGGAGGCCUUUUAAACCGGUGCACUGCCUACAGGAUAAAUCCUUCUGGGACUUACCCAUCUUUCUGCGCUGCCUGUUUCCCCAGUGAGCCAGGGUUAACGGGGCCAUCGGUUCGUGCGCAGGCAGAAGACUAUGCGCUUGUAAGUGCGGUGGCCACUUUGCCCAAGCAGGUGGCGGACUAUUAUGAUGACUUUCAGAUCUAUAAGGCUUUGGAGGCAGUGUCCAGCUGUGUUCGGCAAACUAAUGGUUUCAUCCAGAGGCACACGCCAUGGAAAUUGAGCAGCCCUGCAGAUGCCCUCUGGCUGGGUACUGUGCUUCAUGUAGCCUUGGAAUGUUUGCGAGUUUUUGGAACCUUGCUUCAGCCUGUUACUCCAGACUUAGCUGAUAAGCUGCUGUCAAGACUGGGGGUCUCUGCCACAGAGAGAGGCCUUAGAGAGCUCUACUUCCUACCUCGAUUCUAUGGACACCCAUGCCCCUUUGAAGGGAGAAAGCUGGGACCAGACACUGGGCUUUUGUUUCCAAGACUGGACCAAUCCAGGACCUGGCUAGUGAAAGCCCACAGGACCUAGAAACUCAGUCCUUACUGGCUGAUGGUAAAAGAGCAAAUGUAUUCCUUUUGCAUUUUCAGGAAAGUUACAGUGUUUAGAAAGUGUUGUACCAGGUACCAGGCACCUAGCCCAGCCCUUUCCUUCCCUGUGCAGUCACUAACCACUGUUCCAUGUUCGCCAGUCUCUGAGAAGGAUGGCUGAGGAGGGACCAAGUUUCUGACACUGUUCCUUCUCAUUGUACCUUCUCCCAAACCAUGGUCAGACUACCUCUCGUGGUUUCUACUCCUCAGGCUAAUUUAGCACAGCCCCUCCUUCUGCAGAAACUAGGGCUGCAGUCAGUCCCUGGCCGGCUUCACAGGUCAGCUCUACUCUGUUAGACACUGUGGGUCUCCAGUUGAAGAGGUUCUUUUACUGGAGCUAUAGGAGCCAGUGUCCUCGACUACAUGACUCUGGCCCAUGUUCAUUCUCAUUUUUUAAACUGCAGCACUUGUGCGCUGUAAUACUACACUUCAUCCAGUAGAUGGCUCUGCUCUCACAUUCAACUUGUGUGUGUGGUUUCAGAAGACAGAAUUAUUUUCCACCAUUUAAAUUCACAGAUCUUUAGAAUCAUACUGUUUUUUCUUAAAGGAUAACUUUGGAACCACUGCUAUUUUAAAAAUACAAAGAUACAAGAAUUCUCAUUUUAAAAUUACUAAAAAUGACAUGUACAAUAAGUAAUAAGUAAAUAUAACAGGUUAUUUAUAUGAUAAAACUAUAAAGCUCUUAGGUACACUGUGCAUUACAAAUACUAAAUUUUAGUAAUGAUUAUAUGUAUAAUUCAUCUAUAAAGCCCUCAAAAGGGCAGUAUUCUCUUUAUAUUUAUUUCCCAACAUCCGUAAUUUAUC